AUGGCGGGCCCUGGUAGCCGCCUGUCGGUCUAUUCGACCCAUUCAAAUGUCCCUCGACCGGCCCAACCAUCCGCCCAACUUUCAACCACAACUCUGCUCAACAGCCUCCACUCUGUUUGGAAUAACAGCCAGCCAUAUGCGCUCGAAUCGAGUACCAGUCUCGUCGUCAACACAUGGGUCACCAGCAUGAUGGUCGGCCCUGAUGGGAGGCAAGGAGGCACAGUAGAUGCCGAAUUGGGUCGACGCGCCUGGGAACACGCCAGGAGAAGAGCCGAGGACGGAUGUGUUGUCUUGGGCUCUCUCCAUGAGUCCACACCUUCGCUCCUCAUCCCCUUUCUCUCUUCGCUACCUGUUGCAGUACCUGCAAGUCUGUACACUGCUCUGAACGCCAUACGCCCCUUCCUCCAUUCCGUUACACCGCGCAAUCCCUCGGCAGCACAGCACAGCGGUCUGGCCGCCGUGCUCAACCUCAAUCUCGAGGGCGAGCUGACGGGCGCUUCACUGAGUCUGUCUUCUUCUGGAAUCAACGUCACCAAAGGCCUGACCGAUGUGCCUGCCGAGAUUGGCUACCGCGCAUUCGAUGUCUUCUACUACUUGCUCUCGAGCGCCUCGCCUGCCGAGAAGGAGUUUUUGAGCCUUCAAGAACCAAAGGCCUAUGCCCUGCUAAAAAAGACCGACACCUAUACCCCUCCUUUAUACCUCCCCACGGCCGACGAUGCGGCCGCCGCCGACGACUUCCGCGCCUCGCUGAAGGAGAUUGGUAUCAAGGGAGCUGCCCUCAGAAACAUGCUCUCUGUUGUAGCUGCCAUCCUCAAGCUUGGCGAGACUAUGGGUUUCCUGGUCGAUGAAGACGUACUCGAAAACGUUUGCGAAGAGGUGGCUGAUCUGCUUGAUCUGGACACUGCCGUCUUGACCAAGAAGUGCGAUACUAUGGAACGUCAGACCUUGAUGGCCGCCAUCUACGAAGCUCUAGUUGACUGGCUCAUUGCCCGUGCCAAUGAAGCCAUUCGUAUGGAGGUCCGCAAUGGCGGUCUUGUAAGCUCAUCCAACGGAAGUGACACAGAGAACUCUGGAGGUAUCAUGACCCCACCUCCUGGCGAGGAGGGUGCAGACACUGUCAAUCUGACAAUCCUCGAACUACCGAGCGCCACUCUGGGCAAGGCAAUGGCUCUGCGUACUGUCUUUGAUGAUUCGACGGGCAUCAACCUCGAGAUGAAAGAGGAUGGAGUGCCUUCGUAUCACGUCGGUUCUUCCAUUGUUCGGGAGAUGACUGACGCCGUCAACGACAAUGCAGCAGAACUCGAACUUACCGAUUCUGUGGCUGCCAGAGAGCGUGAGGAAGUACUCGAUCGUCGUGAGGCCCUCCUCGAGAAGGUAGGCGUUGAGACUGAAGCAGACAGCUUCUUGAGACGUCUCUUGUACCCAAUAGAAGGUGAGGGUGUUCAGCUCGGAAAGACUGGUCGUUUCAGCCUCAUGAACCUCUUGGGAAGCAGUCGUGUCUGGUUCCAGCUCGCCCUUCAUCCUACUGACGAGUCCCCGGCAUCCUUGGCAAAUCACUCACCGACCAGCUUCCCAUGGUCUGCAGGAUCUGUUUCCAGCCAGAUUCGUUCUUGGAGACUUCCUGAGUGGGCGAACCACCGUAACAAGAAGCUCGAUUACACUGCUGAUUUCGACAUCAAUGAGUUCCAGGAGCGUUAUGCGCGUCUUGGCUGCCAGCUUGGCCGUGACGGUGUCGAGAGUUGGGUCAUGGAGCGUGGUUGGAGCAAUGGAGAAGUCGUCAUUGGCCACGAGCGAAUCUGGAUCCGCGAAGCGCCUUGGUGGGAAGCCGAGAGUAUGCUCGACCUCAAGCCCAUGGAUCCAUCAAUGGACGCUGCUGGACCUUUCGGUGGCCAGUACCAAGUCUCCACUCCUAUGGUUGAGGACGGUUUCUAUCAACAGCCUUACCACGACAACCCUAGCAACCCUUUCCUCAGCCGUAACCAAAGCUUCGCCAGUAGAAGUCAACUCGGAGCCAAGUCCAUUGCACCUUCAAAAGCACCAACUAUGCAAGGUCGUCCGGGAGACUACGGUCUCGGUCCCAAGGGUGAUGACAAGCAUGGCGAAGUGACAUACUAUGGAGACGAGGAAGAUGGCGAUGCCAAGGUCAUCGUCGAGGUACCCAUCACUUUCAGUCGCAAAGUCUGGGUCUGGGCCGUGUGGGCUCUGACUUUCUACAUCCCCUCUCCCGCUCUCCGUUACAUCGGUCGCAUGAAGAGAAGUGAUGUCCGUCAAGCAUGGAGAGAAAAGUUCGCCCUGAUGAUCAUAAUUUUCAUCAUCAACGCUACCGUCGUCUUCUACAUUGUCGCAUUCGGCCGUCUACUUUGCCCAAACAUGGACAAAGCCUGGAACGCGAAAGAGGUCAGCUACCAUGCAGCAUCCAACGACUACUAUGUCAGUUUCCGCGGACAUGUGUAUGAUCUUACCAAGUUCCACAAGAUCCAGCACAGUGAUGGUGUUACGCAAACCACUGUUGCCAACAUGGAACCGUUCGGAGGCACCGAUGUCAGUGAAUUCAUCGUUCCUCCGAUCAGUGUUGCUUGUUACGGCCUUGUAGGACCCGAUUCUACCAUCUCACUCACAGCCAACGACACCACCUUCACCCAAGAAUAUCCCACGGCAGUACAUGCCUCAGGUCCCAUCGCUGCUCCAGACAAGGAUUCGGCCCUCAACAACAUCAACUGGUACGCCGAUACAUUCUUGCCCAAGAUGAAAGAGUACUACAAGGGUGAUCUGGUGGUCAAGACCAACAAGGUCAGAAGCGACGGACAAGACAACAACCAUUAUUGGUUCACUCUCGGCAACAAACUCUACGACAUGACCGAUUACUUCAACACUCUCAACCUCAUGAACAAUCUUGCAACAUACAAGUUCUUCCCAGACGAGUUCUCUGCAAUAGUUCAGAGCAAUGCUGGUCAAGAUAUCAAGUCCGAGUUCGACAAGAAAAUCACCAACGUAACCGAGCAUUCCGCCAUCACCCAAUGUUUGGACAACAUGUUCUACAGUGGCAAGCUCGAUUUCAGAGAUUCUGCUCGUUGCCAGGUGAACAACUACAUCCUGUUGGUUUUCACCAUUAUCCUCUGUACCGUGAUUGUGGUCAAGUUCUUGGCUGCUUUGCAGUUCGGUUCCAAGCCGCGUCCCGCUCCGCAAGAUAAGUUUGUCAUCUGCCAGGUUCCUGCCUAUACCGAGGGUGAGGACCAUCUCAGAAAGGGUCUCGACUCGCUCACGUCUCUGGCAUACGACAAUAAGAGAAAGCUCAUCUGUGUCAUCUGCGACGGCAUGAUUGUCGGAGGUGGUAACGACCGACCAACUCCUAAGAUCGUCCUGGAUAUCCUCGGCGUUGAUCCCAAGAUUGAUCCUCCUGCUCUUCCAUUCAAGUCCAUCGGCUCCGGUGCCGAGCAGUUGAACUAUGGAAAGGUCUACUCUGGUCUCUACGAGUUCGAAGGCAAUGUCGUCCCUUACAUUGUUGUCGUCAAGUGCGGUAAAGAGUCAGAACAGGUCAAGGCCAAGCCCGGUAACCGUGGUAAGCGUGAUUCUCAAAUUCUGCUCAUGAGCUUCCUCAACAGGGUUCACCACCGUGCUCCCAUGUCGCCCCUCGAGUUGGAAAUGUUCCAUCAAAUCAACAAUGUCAUCGGCGUGGACCCUGAGCUCUAUGAGUACCUUCUCAUGGUCGAUGCCGAUACUCUGGUCAAAGAAGACGCUCUUACUCGCCUGGUUGCUGCUUGUACAAACGACUCCAAGAUCGCCGGUAUCUGUGGUGAGACCAGUCUGGAGAACGAAGAGCAGUCUUGGACCACCAUGAUUCAGGUCUACGAGUACUACAUUUCCCAUCACUUGUCAAAGGCUUUCGAGAGUUUGUUCGGCAGUGUCACCUGUCUUCCCGGAUGUUUCACCAUGUACCGUCUUCGAACAGCAGACAAGGGCAAGCCUCUUAUCAUCGCUGACGCCGUCAUCGAGGAAUACAGUGAUUGCAACGUUGACACUUUGCACAAGAAGAACUUGUUGUCUCUUGGUGAAGAUCGUUGGUUGACAACCUUGAUGACCAAGAACUUCCCUCAGAUGUCCUUCAAGUUCAUUCCCGACGCAUAUGCUCAAACCGCCGCCCCCGAGACAUGGAGUAUUCUUCUUUCUCAAAGACGUCGCUGGAUCAACUCGACCAUUCACAAUUUGGCCGAACUCAUGCUGAUCAAGGACAUGUGUGGCUUCUGUUGUUUCUCCAUGCGCUUCGUCGUGUUCAUCGAUCUGUUCGGUACAGUCAUCCUUCCAGCCACCGUCGUCUACCUUGUCUAUCUUAUCAUCACCGCAUCGACUGGUGGCCAGUUCCCACUUAUCUCGAUCAUCAUGUUGGCCGGUGUGUACGGUCUGCAAGCUAUCAUCUUCAUUGCCAAGAGACAAUGGCAACACAUUGGUUGGAUGAUUUGCUACUUGGCUGCCUAUCCUCUUUACUCUUUCGUCUUGCCCGUCUACUCUUUUUGGAAGCAGGAUGAUUUCUCAUGGGGUAACACCCGUGUUGUCAUCGGCGAGACUGGUACUAAACAAGUCAUUGCCACGGAGAUUGAAGAGUUUGAUCCCCGUAGUAUUCCCUUACAACGCUGGGAUGAUUACGCUUUCCGAAACCAACUUCCUGGCCGUCGUGGUCUGGUUGUCCAGGAGAAGGAUGGAUUCUCACCUUUCCAGGAUAACGGAGCUUACGAAAUGGAUGACAUCCGCUCUGUCUACUCUUCAGUUCACCCGGCCUCGACCAUUCUCACUGGCCUUCCCAACAACAACAUGUCCUACCGCCCACCUACUCAAUCGCCUGGCCCAUAUAACGCAUACAACCGCAUGUCUAGUUACUCACGCUUCACCGACGUCAUGCCCGGCGCUAACGAGAACCAACGUCUCAUGUCCAUGGGCAAUAUGAGCGACGCCGCCCCAGGUCUCCCUCGCAACUAUAGCGGCCAAUAUUUAUCUUCCCAACCCGACUUGCUUUCACCCAAGCUAUCACCUCCUCCCUCGGCUGGCUUCCCUCCUCGUUCCCGCAGCCCGCUUUCUCAGCCUACAUCACGUCCUGCCAGUACUUUCGGCCUUCCUGGCUUCCAAACUCAGGGUGUCAGCGAUGGUCAAAUCGUUGAUGCUGUCAGAGAUUGCUUGAGAGAGGUCGACCUGGACAAUGUGACGAAGAAGCAAUUGAAGGUGCUCACGGAGCAACGAUUGCAAGUGCAACUGGAUCCUCAGAAGCGAGCCUUCUUGGAUCAACAAAUUGAUUUCGAGCUGGCGAACAUGUAA